GUCAUGGAAUCGUCAAUUGAACGGAAUGGAAUAGCGAGGUGAAAAAUAAAGUGCGUAAUUGUUUAUAAGCAACGCUUGAAACUUAUAUCAAUAUGCAAAUUCUUUAAACACUUAAACAGUGUCAUGUCGAUUUCCGCGUCUUGUUUGCCUCGCUAGCCUAGUUUAAUUGUAUUUUAGUCAUAAGUCCAUCUGUUAUCAUUACAUAGAUUAUUAUUCUUAUCUUCAGUUGUGUUAAAAUAUUUUUAUAAUGUAUCCACGAUGUGGUAGUAAUGGUUCGAUUCAAAAUAUACACCAGACACCGUCGUCUUCUAACCAGAACACGGAGGAUGAAGAUGACAGUGGAGACAACAAGGCAUCUGCACUGAGUUUUAAGGAAAGAAGGAGAGAGGCUCACACUCAGGCCGAGCAGAAGAGAAGAGAUGCUAUUAAGAAGGGCUAUGAUUCCCUUCAGGAGUUGGUACCAACUUGCCAGCAAACUGAUGCAUCAGGAUACAAACCAAGCAAAGCAGCCGUACUUCAAAAAUCUAUAGAUUACAUCCAAUACUUACUACAGCAGAGGCGAAGACAGGAAGAUGAGCGGAAUGCGUUGCGCAAAGACGUUGUGGCGUUACGCAUAAUGCAGGCUAACUAUGAGCAGAUCGUGAAGGCGCAACAUUCAGUACCAGGGCACAACGAACAAAGGCUCACUGACCAAGACAAGUUUAAAGUGUUUCAGGGUAUAAUGGACAAGUUAUUCGAAUCGUUCGAGUCAGUGCCGACGAAUAACUUCGCAGAGUUUUCGGCGGGAGUGUUCAAUUGGUUAGAGGAGUAUUGCAAGCCUCAGUCGCUGAGAACAAUGGUCCACGGUGUAUUAAGGGAACAAAGUUAUACGCCAUAAACACUACGUACAUAUAUAUAUCUGUCUUCUAUAGUAAAUAGUUAGAAAAUACGACACAAUAAUACUAACUGAACUUCGACAUCUUUGAAAAUAAACAUAAUGAUUGA